AUGUGGGCAAAGGCAUUAGCACCUGUGUUACUUAUAGCCCUUCUACUUGUGCUUGUCCCCUCAUCGGCUGAGAAGGAAAACAAUGGUGCCUUGGAUGCUGAGGCCCGGUGCAACUGCGAGGAUGAUGGUGGUUUCUGGACGAUCGAGACAAUCCUCAACUGCCAGCGGGUGAGUGACUUCAUGAUCUCGGUGGCCUACUUCUCCAUCCCGAUCGAGCUCCUCUACUUCCUCAGCUGCUCCACCAUCCCCUUCAAGUGGGUCAUCGUCGAGUUCAUUGCCUUCAUCGUCCUCUGCGGCAUGACCCACUUCCUCAACGGCUGGACUUAUGGGCCCCACUCCUUCCACAUCAUGCUAGCCCUCACCGUCUUUAAAUUUCUCACCGCCUUGGUCUCCUUCGCAACCGCCAUUACCCUUGUGACUCUCCUCCCCUUGCUUUUGAAACUAAAGGCGAGGGAGCAUUUGUUGAAAAAAAAGACGUGGGACCUCGACCGUGAGGUCGCAAUAAUAAUGAAGCGCAAGGAGGCCGGCUUGCACGUCCGCAUGCUCACCCAGGAGAUCCGGAAGUCGCUCGACCGACACACCAUCCUCCACACGACGCUGGUCGAGCUGUCCAAGGUGCUCGACCUUAAGAACUGUGCCAUUUGGAUGCCCAACGCGAACCGUACGGCGAUGAACCUCACCCACGAGGUGCGGGGCCGGACCUUCUCGAGCAGCUUCAGCUCGUCCGUGAUCCCGUACGGUGACCCGGACGUGCUCGAGGUGAAGAAGGGCGGAGGGGUGCGGGUGCUCGACGGGCGGUCAGCCCUCGCCGUUGCCAGCUCUGCGGGGCCCGGUCCGCCGGGAGCUGUGGCGGCCGUGCGGCUCCCGAUGCUCCGUGUCGCCAACUUCAAGGAUGGCGGCACACCUGAGAUGGUGCCCCAGUGCUAUGCAGUCCUUGUUCUGGUGCUGCCGAGCGGGGGAGGUGGUGAGGAGGAGCGCGAGGGGUUGGUGAGAUCGUGGGGCCCACAGGAGCUUGGGAUCGUGGAGGCAGUGGCGGACCAGGUGGCGGUGGCGGUGUCGCACGCGGCAGUGCUGGAGGAGUCGCAGAGCAUGCGGGACAGGCUGGCGGAGCAGAACAGGGCCCUGGAGCAGUCUAGGCUGGAUGCACUGAUGGCGAAUCGGGCGAGGGCCACGUUCGAGCGGGUGAUGAGUGACGGGCUGCGGCGACCCAUGCACUCUGUCCUCGGACUUCUGUCUUUGCUGCAGCAGGAUGAUGCAGGGGCGCUGGGCAGUGAGCAGCGGCUACUAGUGGACACGAUGGUGAAGACGGGUGGCGUUCUCUCUACGCUGAUAGGGGAUGUGAUGGGAACAUCCGGGAGGGGCCGGGCCCGACUGGAGACAAGGAGCUUUCAGCUGCACUCGAUGAUCAAGGAGGCUGCGUGCCUGGCCAAGUGCCUGUGUGCGUACGCGGGGUGUGGCUUUGUUACGGAGGUCGAGAAGACGCUGCCUGACCAUGUGAUGGGGGACGAGAGGAGGGUGUUUCAGGUGAUUCUGCAUAUGGUCAGGCAUUUGCUGGAUGGAAGCAAUGGGGGGUGCCGCUGCCUCACACUAAGGGUGUAUUCAGCGGGCGGGAGUCAGACUGGGUGGAGCGAGCAGAGCUGGGGCCACUGGAGUUGGAACUCCACUGACGGGUAUGUGCAUACGAGGUUCGAGGUUGGGAUUCGUCGUGGUGGGUCGUCUCAGUCGGAGGAUGGGCUUGCUUUGGCAGUGUACGGUGGGCAUGGGCAUUAUAAUGGGGAGUUGGAGGAGAGUUUGAGCUUUACUGCAUGCAAGAAACUUGUUAAGUUAAUGCAAGGUGACAUCUGGUUGACGUCAAACCCAGAAGGGUUCGACCGUAGCAUGGCUCUCGUCCUCCGUUUUCACGUCCCCUCACAAGCAACUGCGGAGCACCUUGAGCCGCCAUCCUCUGACCGCCUCCGUUCGGAAAACUCCAUCUUGAGGGGCCUCAGGGUUCUCCUGGUCGAUGCAGAUGACUUGAACCGGGCCGUGACUCAGAAGCUUCUAGAAAAACUAGGCUGCACUGUCUCGUCCGUCUCCUCCGGGUAUGAGUGCCUCAGCGCCUUGGGGCCAUCCGCCUCGUGCCAGGUCGUGAUCUUGGACCUCCAACUGCCCGAUCUCAAUGGUUUUGAGGUCAGCACCAGGAUUCGCAAGUUCUGUAGCCGCAAUUGGCCAUUAAUUGUGGCCCUGACAGGUAAUGACGAUGGUGAUGUGGUAGACAGGUGCGCGGGGUCCGGAAUGAAUGGAUUCAUUCAGAAACCGGGUACUUUGCGCGAGAUCUCGGACGAGCUUAAGCGCAUCUUGAUGCAGGUGAAUAUGAAUAGGAUUUGA